AUGACUCCAAUGACAAGACUUCCCCCCAGCGCGGAACAUCAACACCAAUCGAUGGAAAGUUGGCGAGGCUUCAAGGGAUCUCUAACAACGUCGAUACUGACAACACACCAGCCGAUGGAGAACAAAGUACAGUCGGUCGAGGGCAGUGAGGGCGAAUUGUCGGACGAUCCAGCGCCUUACAUUGACCGUGAGCUCAUUAACAAACCACGAUGGCCAGAAGAAAAUUUUGAGCCCCACGAAACGGAUGUAACCAAAAUCAGAGCAGUGUUUCAUCUCAAAUUGACCGAUGGUAGCGGAUGGUACACGCAAAGAGACAUAUUGCCUGAGCAGCGCCAGUCAGCCGAAGAAGACGAGGACAAUGACCACAAUACUUUUUUCGUUCCUGAGCUCACAGCAUACAAGGUUCCCCAGAGGCCCAAAGCUGAAAAUGGUGCCACCUAUUCCCCUUGGACCAGGGUCUCCACAUGGCGAUGGAAGCGAACUGCAGAUGACGAAACAGAGUUCUGGACUCCGAAAUUUGCCUUCCGUCGAUUUCACGCUCGCACCCAUAAAUACGAAGGGAUUUAUGUCGGCGAGACGCGGAUCAAAAACAUCGAGCCCAAUAACAAGGCCUGGGUCUCCGCAUACCACAAAUGGAUCGACCAAAUCAAACGCCGUUCAGAUAGCAGUUGGGUGCACGAAAAACGACGGGAUCACUGGACCGUACCCGAGAUUUGCGCCAUGUACAAUGGCAUCAACGAGUUUGUAAACACCAAUGGUAUCGACGCUUACCACGGGAUAUCGAAUGUUAGUCUGCAGCCGACACUCGAUGCAAUCAAUGCGGCGGGGAACAAGAAUCGCGGGAUGGAUGCACUGCGCGGGCAGAUGAGUUCUGCGCACGAGUUGAAAAAUACAAGUAUGGCUUAUCUGCGUGAAAAUGUGCGGGAUCUGGUCAAGUAUUUGGAGGAUGGGGGGAUACUGGAUGAUGAGGAAAGGUUUCCUGAGAAGUUUAUUCCAGAGGAGGAAUUUCCGACAGCUCCUAGGGGGAAUGCGCGGAGACUUGGGAACAAAAACACGUCUUCAGGUUAG